AAAAACCACCUUACUUCGGCCUUUUCAGCCAUUAGGCAUUUCGCAAAUACACUUCGUGACCGUAGUGUUAUUUUCUCUCUAAAACCUUAUCUAGGGUUUCACUGAACACUCUCUGUAUCCACUGAUCAAGCAUAAGCAGCAAAUAAUUCUCUAAUACUGAAGAAUAUAUGUAAAUUACUUGAUUAACGAACACUAAUUAUCCAAAAAAGGCCCGAAAUUUGCCAUGGAAGACGACCAGGAGUACGAUCAGCCUCUAAAUGAGGAGGAAGAAGACGAUGAUGAGAUCACGCAGGAGGACGCAUGGGCUGUCAUCUCUGCCUAUUUUGAAGAGAAAGGUCUGGUGCGUCAACAGCUUGAUUCAUUCGAUGAGUUUAUUCAGAAUACGAUGCAGGAAAUCGUCGAUGAGUCGGCUGAUAUUGAGAUUCGUCCCGAGAGCCAGCACAACCCUGGCCACCAGUCUGAUUUCGCUGAGACUAUCUAUAAGAUAAGCUUUGGCCAGAUUUAUUUGAGCAAGCCUAUGAUGACCGAGUCUGAUGGAGAGACUGCAACUUUAUUUCCUAAAGCUGCAAGGUUGAGGAACCUAACAUACUCAGCCCCCUUGUAUGUAGAUGUUACGAAGAGGGUCAUAAAGAAAGGACAUGAUGGUGAAGAAGUUACUGAAACUCAAGAUUUCACCAAAGUCUUCAUUGGGAAGGUUCCUAUAAUGCUUCGGUCGAGUUAUUGCACAUUGUACCAGAAUUCAGAGAAAGAUCUUACGGAGCUUGGGGAGUGUCCUUAUGAUCAGGGUGGAUAUUUCAUUAUCAAUGGAAGUGAAAAAGUUCUGAUUGCUCAGGAGAAGAUGAGCACCAAUCAUGUUUAUGUGUUCAAGAAGAGGCAGCCAAACAAGUAUGCAUAUGUUGCCGAAGUUCGGUCCAUGGCAGAGUCUCAGAACCGGCCACCUAGUACCAUGUUUGUGCGGAUGCUAUCCCGGACUAGUGCCAAGGGGGGCUCUUCAGGGCAGUACAUUCGAGCUACACUUCCCUAUAUUCGAACUGAAAUUCCAAUUAUUAUUGUGUUUCGUGCUCUGGGGUUUGUUGCUGACAAAGACAUAUUAGAACACAUAUGCUAUGAUUUCUCUGAUACUCAAAUGAUGGAGUUGCUUCGGCCUUCUCUUGAAGAAGCAUUUGUGAUUCAAAAUCAACAGGUUGCACUAGAUUACAUUGGAAAGCGUGGAGCAACUGUUGGUGUAACUAGGGAAAAAAGGAUAAAAUAUGCUAAAGAGAUCCUUCAAAAGGAAAUGCUUCCUCAUGUUGGUGUUGGAGAAUAUUGUGAGACCAAAAAAGCUUACUAUUUUGGGUACAUAAUUCACCGGCUUCUACUUUGUGCACUUGGCCGGAGGGCAGAAGAUGACAGGGAUCAUUAUGGCAACAAAAGACUUGACCUUGCUGGUCCUUUACUUGGUGGACUCUUUAGAAUGUUAUUCAGAAAGUUGACUAGGGACGUCAGAUCUUAUGUGCAAAAGUGUGUAGAUAAUGGAAAGGAUGUUAAUCUGCAAUUUGCCAUUAAAGCAAAAACCAUUACUAGUGGUCUUAAAUACUCGCUAGCCACUGGUAACUGGGGGCAAGCAAAUGCAGCUGGUACAAGAGCUGGAGUGUCACAGGUGUUAAAUCGUUUGACAUAUGCAUCUACCUUGUCACACUUACGAAGAUUGAAUUCUCCAAUUGGGCGUGAAGGGAAAUUGGCUAAACCUAGGCAGUUGCAUAAUUCACAAUGGGGAAUGAUGUGUCCAGCUGAAACACCUGAAGGACAAGCUUGUGGACUGGUGAAGAAUCUUGCAUUGAUGGUGUACAUAACUGUUGGAUCUGCUGCGUAUCCUAUCUUGGAAUUUUUGGAGGAAUGGGGUACUGAGAAUUUUGAGGAAAUAUCUCCUGCAGUUAUUCCUCAAGCUACAAAAAUUUUUGUUAAUGGUUGCUGGGUAGGCAUCCAUCGUAAUCCUGAUAUGUUGGUCAAGACAUUGAGACGGCUGAGGAGACGGGUUGAUGUCAACACUGAAGUUGGGGUCGUUAGAGAUAUUCGUUUGAAAGAGCUGCGAAUAUACACAGACUAUGGCCGUUGCAGUCGUCCUUUGUUCAUUGUUGAGAAACAAAGGCUUCUUAUCAAGAAGAAGGACAUUCAUGCUCUGCAGCAGAGGGAAUCCUCAGAAGAGGGUGGUUGGCAUGAUCUUGUGGCAAAAGGAUUUAUUGAAUAUAUUGACACAGAGGAAGAAGAGACCACUAUGAUAUCCAUGACCAUUCAUGAUCUCGUACAAGCAAGGCUCAACCCAGAGGAAGCUUAUGCCGAUACUUACACCCACUGUGAGAUCCACCCGUCGCUGAUUUUAGGUGUUUGUGCUUCAAUUAUUCCUUUUCCUGAUCAUAACCAGUCCCCACGUAACACGUAUCAAUCUGCUAUGGGAAAGCAAGCCAUGGGAAUAUAUGUCACUAACUAUCAAUUUCGAAUGGAUACUUUGGCUUAUGUUCUUUAUUAUCCUCAAAAACCACUUGUUACUACAAGAGCUAUGGAACACCUACACUUUAGGCAGCUUCCAGCUGGCAUUAAUGCUAUUGUUGCCAUUGCCUGCUAUUCUGGAUACAACCAAGAAGAUUCUGUCAUUAUGAACCAAUCAUCAAUUGACCGUGGAUUCUUCAGAUCACUUUUCUUCCGUUCAUACAGAGAUGAGGAGAAAAAGAUGGGGACACUUGUCAAAGAGGAUUUUGGGCGUCCUGACAGAGCUAAUACAAUGGGCAUGCGUCAUGGCUCUUAUGAUAAAUUGGAUGAUGAUGGUCUUGCACCUCCAGGUACAAGAGUUUCAGGUGAGGAUGUGAUCAUUGGAAAGACCACUCCUAUUUCUCAGGAUGAAGCUCAGGGACAGUCUGCACGUUAUACAAGGCGUGAUCACAGCAUAAGCUUGCGCCACAGUGAAACGGGAAUAGUGGAUCAAGUUCUUCUGACAACAAAUGCUGAUGGGUUGAGGUUUGUUAAAGUAAGGGUGAGGUCUGUUCGCAUACCUCAGAUUGGAGACAAGUUUAGCAGUAGGCAUGGUCAAAAGGGAACAGUGGGCAUGACUUACACUCAAGAAGACAUGCCUUGGACUGUGGAAGGCAUCACCCCUGAUAUCAUUGUGAAUCCGCAUGCUAUUCCUUCUCGAAUGACGAUUGGUCAGCUUAUCGAAUGUAUCAUGGGAAAGGUUGCAGCUCACAUGGGCAAGGAAGGGGAUGCUACUCCAUUUACUGAUGUCACUGUGGACAACAUUAGCAGGGCUCUUCAUAAAUGUGGGUAUCAAAUGCGUGGGUUUGAGACUAUGUAUAAUGGUCACACUGGCCGACGGCUUACCGCUAUGAUUUUCCUUGGCCCUACUUAUUACCAAAGGCUGAAGCACAUGGUUGAUGACAAGAUCCAUUCACGUGGAAGAGGCCCUGUGCAGAUCCUCACAAGGCAGCCUGCUGAAGGGCGUUCACGUGAUGGUGGCCUCCGCUUUGGGGAAAUGGAACGAGAUUGCAUGAUAGCACAUGGUGCUGCACACUUUCUCAAAGAGAGGUUGUUUGAUCAGAGUGAUGCCUAUAGGGUCCAUGUUUGCGAGCGGUGUGGCUUGAUUGCUAUUGCAAAUCUCAAGAAGAAUUCUUUUGAAUGCAGAGGUUGCAAGAAUAAGACUGACAUUGUUCAGGUGCAUAUUCCUUAUGCCUGUAAGCUGCUCUUCCAAGAGCUUAUGGCGAUGGCCAUAGCACCAAGGAUGCUCACAAAAGAUGUAAAACCAUCCAAAGACAAAAAGAAAAAAGGAGCCUAAUCUAACCAUCAGUAACUGGAAAUAUGUUGCCCUCUUUGAUGAGUCGAGUACAUGGUUUCAUCAGGUACGAUAUUUGGACACAAGGAUUGAAGCGCAGUAAAUUAAUGUUUCUGGAAUGAAUGGACAUUUGGGCAACCUCCUCGCUGUAUUUAGAAUCCUGCAAACUUUCUACUAGAGAUACAACGUGAGAGCAAAAUCAAUGAUUGGAUAGGCAGUACUUACAUUCGUUUUAGAGAUAUCAUGUGUGGGUACAAGUGGGCGCUCAAAGCAUUGCUCUCGUCAUCCAUGCUUGGAGAAAGCUUGUUGGAUGUUGUAAUGAAAACCAACAGUAUAGGUAUUAUUUUCACCUGCAAUUUUGUUUGGAAUAGAUGCGAUAUAUGCUCUAUGCUUAUCAUGGUGCAUAUUAAGAAUUUGUACUUCUUUCUUCAAAAAAAAAAAAAAACAAAAAACAAAACUCCUGUAAUGAAUUAAGGGCUUGAAAUUGUACGAUAAUAUUUUAUUAAUUACCAUUAUGGCAA